AUGACGGGACCCACAACCUCCAAGCAGCGCGCCCAGUUGAUACGCGAAAUGUCCAAAGAUAUGAACAGGACGCGCAACUCAUCAGGAUCUUCUCGACAUUCGCUAAAUCUCGCGAGUCCGCAGCCCACCGUCUCCGACUUCGACCCUGAGAACGAAGCCAUCAUGUCGACUCGUCAGCUCGACAAUAAUGCGCAGCAGCUUCCUGACCUUCAUGCAAGCGCAAAGAAAUACAGUCGCUUCGCUCGACCCGAACCGGACUUCGCCAUCAACACCUCGGCAAUUGGUCGAGCGUUUCCUGAUUUCUCCCAAGGCGGCACCUCCUCGGAUGAUGAUAGUCUGUCGAUCGAGAUUGGGCGAGGUCUCAAGAAAGGGAGCAAUAGCAAGGCGGGACGGAUCAACGAAUACUCUUCAAACGCGCAAUUGAGCCUUGAUGGAGAUAGCAUGGAUUUCUCUGCGCCAAUGAUUGGUAACUAUGAGGUCACAGGUACCCCCCCGCUCGCGCAACGACAGUUGUCUAAGAAGAACAACGAAACUCCUGGUGGUUCUGUGAAACGUGAUGGACAGGUGCGUAGGGCAUCUGGCUUACAGAAAGAGAUUACUGGACCGUCACCGCCACCGUCCAAGACAAAGGAUUACGGAUCUGGGGAAAGCAGGAAAAAAGGUGAAGAGAGCCGUCGCACAUUGUCUUCAAUGCACGCUCGUGUGAGAGACGAGAACGAGCGAUCUAGACUCAGCGAGGAAAGGCCGCCAACGCUCGAUUUGACAGCAAGGAACACCCGAUUUGGCAACGUGAAGGACCAGCACGCUGCAUCGAAUGUUGUCAUGCCGAGCAAAUUCACUUCGAGGCAAGGCUUGCUACAAUCUCUCGCCCCAAAAAAGAUACAGAAUUCGCAGACUGUUGCAACCCCUCACGGGACUCAGCAAUCUUUCAUGUUGCCCGAUUUACCCAAUAUAUCCGAGUUAGUCUCGGGCGUUUACGAAGAUGGUACUCCCGUGUUCACACGGCACGGAAAGUCACGAGCUUCCCGUUUUUUCUCAGCUGCAGGACAAACUAGCAAAAGCCAAAAUUACACUGGAGUCAAUGAGAUACCGAUACCGGCUGAUGAACAGGCCAUCUUCUUGUCGCUGAAGCUUCUUCAGGACAAGGUCGCUACCUUGGAGAAGGCCAAUGCCGAAGCUGAGAACGCUAUUGAUGAUCUGCAACAGAAGAACCGAGUGUUGGAGCGUGAAAAGAUCGACAGAAGGAGAGCGCCACGAAGUGAUAGUGCUUUAGGUACAACGGAUAGCGAUGGUGGUACUGAGAUUCGUGGCAGUCAACGUAAGCUUUUGAUCGAGAAGAACCGCUUGGAGUCGUCUGUCCGUGCACUUCAAAGUCAACUGGAUCAUUCGAAUCGAAAAACCUCCACCGCCGAGACAAUUCUCAAAAACAUCACGCAAGAGCGUGACUCAGCCGUUUCUCAAUUAGGUGUCGCGUACUUCACAAUUGAGCAGCUCAAGGUUGAGAAUGAAGGUCUCAAAGGCGAGAACAACGAGCUGAAGACUCGUCUUGGCCAGUUGAGCAAUGAAAACGAGACUCAAAAGUUGACAGCCAAGGAGGAAGCUCUACGACGAAAGCUCGACCGAAGGACAGAAACAUUCCAGAGUAUGAUAGAAGAAAGUAGAGUGCAUCCUCCUGAGCUGCAGGAAAAAAAUGUUCCUGAAGCUCGUCACACUGAGGGUACCGAGCGGAACACAGGAUCUUCUACCCAUAAAGACGCAAACACUUUCUAUCUUCCAAGUCGAAAGGGCAUUGAUGAACCUUCCAGAGGCGGGCAGCGGCCUGCUCAGAUUGCCGACUCCCAAGAUAGUGAAGACUCUGUGUAUGAGGCCCCCAAAGCGGAAGUAAAAGGCAAAGUCUGGUCAACUCGCAGCGCAAAGAAUGCUCAAGGCGGCGAGACUUCGCAAAACUUGACAUACUUAAGCUUCCUUGAGAGCGAUGAGAUUGCCACGCUAAGAAAGACUCUGGAGCAAGAGCGUAUACAGCGUAAACAACGCCGAAAUAGAGUCCAUCAAUCGGACGACAAGAAUGACACUCAUACGCAGACAGUUCCGCCAGAAGCACAGGCGGAGCAGGCUCAACAGAUCUUUCCUCGCAAAUCAUCAAUGAAAGACCCGACAUCCAGAUCCACAAAUCGGAAAGAUGCCACCGAGCCUUCCCUUCUUCCUGGCGCGCACCCCGAGCACAACCGUCGGCACUCCGAGGCUUCGAUUUUAAGUAUGCAUAGCCGACGCCGUGGCUUAGACGUCGAGAAUAUGACUUCUGCUUUCAUCGUGCCCGAUAUCACCAUCCGUAACCCAGGGAUCGACUCUCAAGCUGUACCAAACAUGACAAAAGAAGCUCAAGAUGUUCUUCAUGGGCUUGCGGAGCAUGGCGGCCAGAAUUGCACAGUCUGCACACGCGCGAUCAACCACGAUGUACAUCAUGAGCAUGGGGCGACGGUGAGAGAGGCAAUCAAGAUUCCCAAGCCCGUUCCUGUUUCGGACCGCAUGCCGAAGUCUAGUCCAUAUGAAGAAGAACCCACAAUCCGCCCAGCUCAAACGCCAGGUCUCGCUCUCGCACUUGUCAUCAAGGGCCUUGACGAUGAGCUUGCCCAUCUCAAAAUUGAGCUUGCUCGAUAUCAAGCUCUUUACAAUGGCCACGACCCUGCGCUCAGCAAGCGCAAGCGCAAGUCGGUAUAUCACAAAAUUGAGACCUUGCUUAAAGCUAUUGAAUUGAAGGCAGACCAGGUUUACGCACUUUAUGAUGUGCUCGAGGGCCAAAAGCAAGAUGGCCAUGAGAUCAGCGAAGAAGAAGUUGAGAUUACUCUACAGUCAGUCGGCAUUAACACUACUAGCCUGCAUCUUAGAGGAGGUGGCGCAGGCGAGGAGCAGCAGGAUGGGAAGGAUAAGCUAUCUGAACGCCAGCCAUGGGAUCUGGAUAGUGAUGGCGAGAGCGUCGAUGAUCUGCCUUGGGAGGGCUUCGAGAACACUGUGGAGACUGCGAAGAGCGGGUUUGCUGGACGAACAAGGAGCUCAGAUGCUUGA